GGGCCGGGAACGCGCGCGCCCGGGGCGGGGCUCGCCGCCCGGCUCCUCCUCCGCGCCCAGCUCAGCGACCGCGGUCUUUCCUGGCAGCGCUUAAGUCCCGGGAAGAGGAGCCCGAGGAGGAGGAGGAGGAGGAGGAGGAGGAGGAAGCACGGGGCCCAGGCUGUCGAGUGCAGCGGCGCCGCCCGCAUGGAGCCCAACGUGCGCUUCUGGAUCACUGAACGCCAAUCUUUUAUUCAGAGAUUUCUUCAGUGGACAGAAUUAUUGGAUCCUACAAAUUUGGUCAUUUCAAUUGAAAAAAUAGAAAAAUCUCGGCAACUUCUGUUAACAAAUGAAGACGCAUCCAGAGGUGACUUGGAGGACAAAAGGAUACAAGAAGCAUGGAAGAGAAGCCUGUCAACAGUCCAUCCUGACAAUAGCAAGCUGAUUCCUAGUCCUUUUCGACCUGCAGCUCUCCUGCCUUUCACGGCGCCCAUGGUAUUUUUGUCGAUGCUGCCAGUCAAAAAGCUAAAGUCCAUGAUUUUACCUCAGGUUUCCUUCUAUACCUACAACACCAUCUUCAACCUCGUUAAUGGGAACGCAAGUUAUGAUCGUCGCCCCCAUGAGAGUGUGUUACUAGGGGCAGGAGUAAUUGCUUCUUCCACUUUUUUUGGAUUAUUCCCUCGUUUGCUCCAAGUAAAGUUCUCACUCAGCACCGUUUUGAGCAGAAACGUCAUUCCUGUGCUCAUUCUGGCCCAGCUCAGUGGAAUGAAUGUGGUUGCGUCUCGAAGUUUGGAGCCCAUUCGAGGGAUUGAGGUCAUGGACAAGGAAGGCAAUGUCAUAGGCUAUUCCAGAAAAGCGGGGGCAAAGGCCAUUAAAGAUACAGCCACAUCCAGAGUUGUGCUGUUUGGGAGCUCAGCUUUUAUCCCGGAGGUCUUCUCCUACUUUUUUAAAAGGACCCAGUUUUUCCUGCAGUGUCCGUGGUCACUGUGGACCCUGAAGCUUUCUUGUACUAUCCUUGUCAUGGGGCUGAUGGUGCCAGUUUCUUUCAGUGUCUUCCCCCAAAUUGGCCGGAUACAGUGCAGUGAGCUUGAGAAGGAAAUUCAGUCUGCAACAGAAGAAACAGAACUCUUCUAUAACAGAGGGGUGUAGGGGGUGAGUUUUCCCGGGAUUUGUUUGGUUCCUUCAUGAAAACCUUUCUCCAAGGUUUCAGUUUUGAGAACUCCGCCCGAGGUGUCCUGGAAACCCCAGAGGUGUCUGUGCCAACAGAAUGGCUUACAUAUGCCAAGACUGUUUCAAGGCUGGUCACGCCUAGGGUUAAACAAGCCUGGAUGGAAGAGGAGAAAUGGCAGCUGUCCGGUCUGACCCACCCCACGGGGUUGCUGGGUGGAUAGUGAUAGAAGAUUCAGUCUUCCAUUUGUUCCAUCACCCUGUGAAGGGAUACUGUGAAAUUACGAAUAAACUUGUCCAAGGUGGAGUAUUUGAAAACGAA